AUGCGGCCUGCAGCAGGGCUAGGCUGGUGGAAAAGUGUUUCAGCUUUGGAAAGUGGCACUUUGCGAUUAGGAGCUGAAAACGCAGACAGUAUUGGUGCUGUGUUGAACAGUAAAGAUGACCAGCGGGAAAUUGCUGAAACAAGAGAAACAUGCAGGGCUUCUUAUGAUACAUCUGCACCAAACGCAAAACGCAAAUAUCCAGAUGAGGGAGAAGCUGAUGAAGAAGAGAUUGAAGAAUAUAAGGAUGAAGUAGAGCUACAGCAGGACGAAGAGAACCUACCCUAUGAAGAAGAGAUUUACAAAGAUUCAAGUACCUUUCUUAAGGGGACUCAGAGCUUAAAUCCACACAAUGAUUACUGCCAGCACUUUGUGGAUACGGGACACAGACCCCAGAACUUCAUCAGAGAUGUAGGCUUAGCGGAUAGGUUUGAAGAAUAUCCAAAACUUAGAGAGCUCAUCAGAUUGAAGGAUGAGCUGAUAUCUAAAUCUAACACUCCUCCCAUGUACUUACAAGCAGACUUGGAAGCUUUUGAUAUUAGGGAACUGAAGUCCAAAUUUGAUGUGAUUCUUCUGGAGCCACCGCUGGAAGAAUACUACAGAGAAACUGGCAUUACUGCCAAUGAAAAAUGCUGGACCUGGGAUGAUAUCAUGAAGCUGGAAAUUGAAGAGAUUGCAGCCCCAAGGUCAUUUGUGUUUCUGUGGUGUGGCUCAGGAGAGGGUCUGGACCUUGGCAGAGUGUGUCUACGCAAAUGGGGUUACAGAAGAUGUGAGGACAUUUGUUGGAUUAAAACCAAUAAAAACAAUCCUGGAAAGACCAAGACUCUAGACCCGAAGGCUGUUUUCCAAAGGACCAAGGAGCACUGCCUCAUGGGCAUCAAAGGAACUGUGCGUCGCAGUACAGAUGGUGACUUCAUCCACGCUAACGUUGACAUUGACCUAAUCAUCACAGAAGAGCCUGAAAUUGGCAACAUAGAAAAGCCUGUAGAGAUUUUUCACAUCAUUGAGCAUUUCUGCCUCGGACGACGCCGUCUUCAUCUUUUUGGAAGGGACAGUACAAUUCGACCAGGUUGGCUGACUGUAGGACCCACCCUCACAAACAGCAAUUUCAAUGCAGAGACAUAUUCUUCAUACUUCACUGCUCCAAAUUCCCACCUGACUGGCUGUACAGAAGAGAUUGAGAGGCUUCGGCCCAAGUCACCACCACCCAAGUCCAAGUCUGACCGAGGAGGUGGCGCUCCCAGGGGAGGAGGAAGAGGCGGGACUUCAGCAGGCCGAGGAGAAAGGGGCAGAGAGAGGAACAGAACUAAUUUCCGGGGUGAGAGGGGGGGCUUCAGAGGGGGGCGUGGAGGUGCCCACAGGGGUGGCUUCCCCACGCGCUGAUGACUUAAGUAAUUACUUCUUCCCUUGGUCGUAUGCCUCAUCUCUGAAUCUUUUUUUCUUAGUCAUAUUUUUGCUGAAGUGAAUUAUUCUGGCAACUCAAGCUAGAUGACUUUUAAAUUUGUUUUUGGUGCAAGCAUUUCCAAAUGUUCUGCCUUCCCAUGACUGGCCUGGCACGUCACCUCACUGAACAGGCAGGAUCCCGCACUUGAACGGCGCUAAACUCGGCCUCCUGGCAGCUUCCAUUCGUCAAAGCAGAGAGCCGUCUCUUCAAACCUUGAAUAGGAUGGAAGUGAAGAUACUUGCUCUUUCCUUCUGAAACUUGCAAGUUCUGAAACUUGUGGGCUUUUUUAAACUAUAGUUUUCUCCAAAAUGUGGAUUCUUCUUCCUUCUUUAUAGGUCCAGGAGUGGACUGACUUGGAUUAAUAUGACAUAAUGGGCAUGAAAUGCAGUUCUGAGUUGCAUGGCAAUAGCAGACUUAUUCUCUUAUUCACGGAAGAAAAAGUACUGUGUCUAUGUUGACACUUAUUUUAACUUCUCUUAAACCAAGGAGCAAAUUGAAUAAAUAGAAUUCUAUUUUUUCCUUU